GGGGUGUCACUUCCUUCCUGUCUGGGUUUCCUCAUCUGGGAGACUGUCCAGAGGAAGCUGGUGACUCUUGACCAUGGAGUUUCCUGGCCCUAUGAUGACAGAUCUCUGCCACACCUGGCCAUCUACCACACCUGCAACAGGUGCAGAACACAGGGGAAUUCAAUAGCCAUCCAAGCUCUAAGCUGAGAGCCAGCCUCAAGGAGAGCUUCUGGCCACCUCAGUUCAUGAUGGGACCUGGGAGAGCUGGAGAUUCCUUAAUACCAGCACGUUUUAAAAAAUUGUUUUUAUUUAGAACUUCUUAACAAGUCAAAGCUGGGAAGUGCUUUCUGUUCUGAUGCAACAGAAGACACAGCAAAUCAGAUCCUCUGAUUAACUGCAUGAAAGCAAAGUCAUUCACUUACUAAGUUUCUGUUUGGUGCUGCCCUAAGAUUGUUGGAAGAUCACAUUACUCCCCACUCUGGAAACUCAGUGCAGCUCAACCGCAGUAGGACUGAUCCUUCCCUAAGAGACAGAGUUCUCCUUUCAUCAUCUUCCCCUUCUGUGCAUGGUAGCCGCUUGAACUUGCCCCUCCAAGAGUCAAGGACAAGACCACCCAUGGAAUGGGCCAGGUGGACUCCCCAUGAAGCCUCCAACCAGACCCAGGCCAGCACCCUCCUGGGGCUCCUGCUGGGUGACCACACAGAGGGGAGGAAUGACACCAACUCCACCAGGGCUCUGAAGGUGCCAGACGGAACUAGCGCUGCCUGGUAUAUCCUCACCAUCAUCGGCAUCUACGCGGUGAUUUUCGUCUUCCGGCUGGCCAGCAACAUCCUCAGAAAGAAUGACAAGUCCUUAGAAGAUGUUUAUUACUCAAAUCUGACCUCUGAACUCAAAAUGAAAGGGCUCCAGGGCAAGGUCGCCAAGUGCUCCACACUGACUAUCAGCAACAGAGCUGUGCUGCAGCCCUGCCAGGCCCACGUGGGGGCAACGGGCGGGAGCAGCGGGCCCCAAACCGCAACCCCAGAGACCCCCUGAGAGUCAAGGCCAGGAGGCCUUCCCCAGGGUGGCCCCAGACUUCUUGGAGGGGAGCAGCUUUGGGUUUACUUGGAGCCCUUGAGGGGGACUGGGGGUGCAUCGCUGACAAGGGGUGCUUCUGGCUGCUAGUUUGUGACCAGAGCCAGCAACCCAGUUCCUUCUCAGGCUUCCAGGUGCUUCGAGAAGAGAGAGCGGGGCAGCGGUUUCUAGCCAAAUUCAAUCUUCACUGGCAAAGCCUGUGCUCUGGGGAGGAGCACUGUCCACUGUUCUCGGAGGAAUCCGGGAGACUCCUGGGGGCAUACAAGGAGGUGACCCCUUGUCAUGGAAAGAAGAGUGAACUUGGAGUCGGUCCUGGGUUAAAAUUCAACUUCUGGAGAGUCACAUAAACUGAGCAGCUAGUUGCUCACCUGAGACAUCUAGGGUUUGGAGACAGAUGGUUUUAAAAGGCUAUUUUAUUUCAAAGACUCUGGCUUGAAUAUAGGACCAAAGUUGUUAAUAUCAGAAGUUGGAAAUUCUUCAUUUUCAUUGAAAGAAUUAGGUACGUCAAAAAAAGCACUGGAGCUGGGUGUGGUGGCUCAUGCCUGAAUCCCAGCAUUUAGAGACCCUGAGGCAGCAGGAUCACUUGAGCCCAGAAGACUGAGUCCAGCCUGGGCAACCUAGGGAGACCCUGUUUCUACAAAAAAAAAAA